CAGACAUGGCCAAGUCCAAGAACCACACCAUACACAACCAAUCCCAGAAAUGGCACAGAAAUGGCAUUAAGAAACCUCAAUCACAAAGAUAUGAAUCCCUUAACGGGUUAGACCCCAAUUUCCUGAGGAACAUGUGCUUUGCCAAGAAGCACAAGAAGGGCAUGAAGAAAAUGCAGGCCAGCAAUGCCAAGGCCAUGAGUGGACAUGCUGAGGCUAUUAAGGUCCUUGUAAAGCCCAAGGAGGUCAAGCCCAAGAUCCCAAAGGGCGCCAGCCAUAAGCUUCAUCAACUUGCCUACACUGCCCAACCCAAGCUUCGGAAGCGUGCUCGUGCCCACAUUGUCAAGGGUCUCAGGCUCUGCUGGCCAAAGGCCAAGGCCAAGGCUCAAACCAAGGCCCAGGAUGUGGCUUCAGCUGCAGCUCUAGGUCAGGCUCCAAAAGGUGUCCAGGCCCCCACAAAGGCUCCAGAGUAG